AUGCUUGUCGCGGAAUCCCAGCAUCAUCAGGACCAAGCCUCAUGGGGGAAGACAAGGCAGAAUCUCCUCCAACAGGGCAGCCUGUCUCGGUUCCGGCUGGGAACACUGGUUCAGAGGGAGAGUCGACGAAAGGCUCCUCCCACGCAUCAUCAUCACUAUGCGCCGACAACUGCCCAGCCACCACCGCGCAUCCAGGAUACUGGCCAACUGGUUCCUAUCUCACAGCCAGAUCCAUUCCUGGAUCGGACAUUUUUAGGCCCCGUCAACGCUCAACAGCAUGCUCUUCUACAAGAAGAAGAUGAAGAAGUGCAAGCAGCGGCAGAGACGGUAUAUAUCCCUUCAAAACUCUUGCGCACUGUGCUGGACACGUACAGGCGAGAAAUGUUUGCCUCGUUUCCACGAAUCGUCCGUGGUCCCGAGCUGGAGGUUCUUGAUGAGUACAUCAACCUCAUCGUCCGAGAUGAACUGCCCUUCAAGGUGAUACCGGGGAUCCGUGCGGUGUCCGUGUCGUUUUUCUUUCCCAUAUCCUUCCAGCACCAGGGUCUGUUCGAAUGUACCAUGGCAACAGCGCGCGGCAUGUUCGAAAGCCGCCGGACACCACCGCCCUUCAAACCCAGCACGGCCGUGUUCGGGCAACGUGCACGAGCGAUACGCUCCGUCCGUGAUCUGCUAUCUCAGCCCGCGUCGUUGCAGGAUGAUCGUGCACUGAUCGGGGUGAUGCAAUUGAUGGGGACGCAUAUCAUCACCGGCGAUAUCGUGUCGUUUCAAUCGCAUCAUAAGGCUGUCAAACAGAUGAUCGAGCUGCGUGGCGGCCUGGGAGAUACGGAUGCGCAUCGGGCGCUUCGAGGCUUUCUUGGAAUGAACGAAAUGUUUGCCCUGAUGUUGAAAUACAUGACCAGCACCAUGCCUGCCGCUGCCAGGCCCUCACAGAGCACAUCGCAAGCACCCUCAAGCACCACGACACAACCUCCUCCCAAUGUUGGCCAGACAUCAUCCACCCUACAACGUCCGGGUACUACUACUCAGCAACCACCUUCGCCACCACCAGCGAUACCCCAAUUGAAGCUGGACUACCCCGUCCCUCCCUUUUCAGAGCAUCUCAACCGCAUGAUCUCCCGGCUGCCCCCGGGUCUCGCGGCGCUAUCUCUCACGGGCACCAUUUCGACACAGAUGAUCGCGCUCCUCGCCCAAACCGCGCCCUGGGCCGCCCUCACAGCCGGUACCCCCAACCCGUCAGCCACGGUCUCUCAGAGCGACAUCUACCGCCUGUACUGCGAGCCCAUGGAGACGGCCAGAGCCGCCCUUUCUAUUCUCCUCGCCCUGCCGCGCAUCUCUGACGAACCCAAACUCGAACACGCACUGUGUAUCGGCCUGUGCCUCUCGAUCCGCGGCGCGAGGAACACGGCGCGCCCGCCCGCAUUGCAUAUCAGGUUGCUUGCGGAUUUUGGCGCCGUGGUGCGGUCGCUGAUGACUUCGACCAGUAGCAGCAACGGCAGCAACAGCAAACCCCGACCGCUAUCGCAGCCCGAGCAAGACGCCGUCGUAUGGAUCUCCUUCCUCGCCGCCUAUGGCAGCGGCCACCCGGCCUUCCAGCGCCAGGUCGACGAUCUGCUGGAUCUGGUCCUGCGGAGUUACUCGUACGGCGGCCCCGCGCCGAUGCGGGAUUGGGGGUACUUGGAAUCCUUGCUGAGAGGUUUCUUCUGGUUCGAGCCCCUGGGAGACGAUUGGCGGGAGUUGUGGCAUCGUGUCUGCGUCACGAGGAUGCCGCCGGUGCCGCGUUCUGGGAUUCAGUAG